GAAACAAGAAAAGCAAUGAAACGGAAUUUUCUUCACUGUCUUCAACUCAACAAGAAGUUGGUCAUCGAAGUCGACGAAAAUAUAUUGCAGACAAUUAUGACAAUCCUAUCUUUACUUUGGAUGAAUCCGAUAGUGAAGAUGUUAAUCUCGAUUCAGAUCAUAAUUUAGGAGAUCGGAUAAAAUCAGCUAAUAAUGGUGAACAUCGAAAUUCUCAAACAUCUUUACCAUCAAAAACAUGGGAUUCAUUCGUAACGAUUCCGCCAGAAGAUGAAGACAAGACAUUGAGCACCGAAUGGAUGAACAGUUUUAUCGAAUUUUCCAAACUAUUAGUCUAUAUCUUGACAUUUAUUUUGAUUUUAUUUUGUGCCACAAUAUCAAUGUCUACAUUAUUGUUGAUGACAUCAAUGAUACGAAACAAUCAUCGAGUUUUCUUAUGCAGCGAAACCUAUGAAAAAGUAUUGAUUCCCGGAAGAAGUUAUGUAGCAAUUAUUAAAGACAAUGAUUUAGAACGGAUCGGUUGGAUCUGGUCUUUGUAUAUCGUUAUGAUUGCUCCCAUAUUUCUCACAUUAUAUCGAUGUCUUAAAUAUUGUUUAUUUAAACAAUAUGAUAGACCAAAGCUAUUAACAUUUAUCACUGUCUUUAUUAGUGAAACAAUAACUACAAUAGUAAUGUCACUUUUAGUGAUUAUGAUAUUACCCGAGAUUGACGCCAAUAGGGGUCCAAUGUUGGCCCACUCUAUAUCAUUAAUACCGGCGAUUAUAAGUUGUAUUUCACGAUUUUAUGCCAACACUUGGGAAUAUCAUAAAACACUCAAAUAUGUUGAUAUAAUGGCAAUUGUAUUACAAAUUGUUUGUAUCGCCGGUUGGACGACAAUCGGCUAUUUGGAAGAUAUCAGAAACUAUUGGAUAUUUCCGAUUGUAUUGUGCUUUAUGUCUAUCAACUGUUGGGAUAACUAUUUGAUUAUCAAACGAACGAAGUUUUUGAACAAAUUUAUUGCAUAUUUCUGUGAUAUUAAAGAGGACCUCAACUCAAAUAAUAGUCGAUAUUUUACAUAUUUAUUGAUAUCUAUUUGGAAAAUUGGAUUAAUAUUGAUCACAAUUUUAGUUUAUUUUGCAAUUAAUGACUAUAUAAACGAAACAAAUGUAACUAAGAAUUUGUUCACUUCCUUUGAGAUGGCAUUUUCAAAGCAUCCGAUACUUACAAAUAGACGCGAAAUAACUGUCACUACUGAAGAUCCGUUGUAUAUUGAGUCCAAUCCAUUGAACUAUUUGUGGUUAAUUGCCAUUCAGAUUGUUUCAUCAUUUAUAUGCUAUUAUUUGGCCAAAUUUGUGUGCAAAAUACAAAUCCAGAUCUUCAGCUUUACAUUUCCUCUGACAAUAGCUACACCGUUAACCAUAGUAUUAAUCACUGUUUUAUGUCGACUACAUUUGCGAUAUACCGACAGUUGUGGACUAAUCCAUACAUUUAAAUUGGAUUAUAUCUUCUGGCACACGACUGCCGAUCUGAACGAUGAAUUAACAGUUCUUAGUUAUGUUGAAUCAGUUGUUUGGUUUCUUAGCUUAUUAUCUCAAAUGUGGACAACACUACACAUUUGGUACCCAAAAUCGGAACGUAUGGCUAAAGUGGAAAACCUUUUUACAAGACCUGAAUAUAGUUGUUGUUUUGUCGAUCAGUCGCUGGUAUUAAAUCGCAGAAUUGUCAGCGAAUUCAAUAGUGAUUUAGAUAUUAAGAAAAUGAGUGUCGAAGAGCUGGUCAAGAGUAACGAAGAGACGAUCCGUAUCUAUAUGUGCGCCACGAUGUGGCACGAGAGCAGUGAUGAGAUGAUACAGAUGUUGAAAUCGGUAUUUCGGAUGGAUGUCGACCAGAGUGCCAGAAAACAGGCCAUGAAAUGGUUGAACGUCAAGUCUGCCGAUUAUUAUGAGAUCCAAACACAUAUUUUGUUUGAUGACGCGUUUGAAACAAGAAAUUCCUGUCGAGAGGUCAACAGUUUUGUUAAACAAUUCAUUGAAGUGAUUGGUGUGGCGGCCAAUCACGUCCACGAAUGUCAAAUACCAUUGAAGUUACCAAAUGUUAUCACUACUCCAUACGGCGGACAACUUAUUUGGAUACUUCCCGGUCAUAACAAACUAUACGUUCAUCUGAAAGACAAAGAUCUAAUCAGACAUAAGAAGCGCUGGAGUCAGGUAAUGUAUAUGUAUUACUUACUGGGCUUUUAUACCAAAGAUAUGGAUGAAGAAAAACGCGACAAAAUGGCCGCAAACACAUUCAUCUUAGCUCUGGACGGCGACAUCAACUUCAGGCCCAAAGCUGUAAGACUUUUAGUCGAUUUGAUGAUUAAACACAAGAAUUUGGGCGCCGCCUGCGGUCGCAUUCAUCCAAUAGGCAGCGGACCGAUGGUUUGGUAUCAGAAAUUUGAGUACGCAAUCGGCCAUUGGCUUCAAAAAGCUAGCGAACAUGUGUUCGGGUGUGUCCUCUGCAGUCCCGGUUGUUUCUCAUUAUUUAGGGGUAAGGCUCUUAUGUCUCCCAAUGUUAUGCACAAGUAUACGACUAAGGCUUCGGAGGCCAUACAAUAUGUUCAGUACGAUCAGGGAGAGGACCGUUGGCUUUGCACACUCCUAUUGCAACAGGGAUGGCGUAUAGAGUAUUGUGCCGCCAGUGACUCAUACACUCACGCACCGGAAGGUUUUGGUGAGUUUUAUACACAACGACGUCGAUGGGCGCCAUCGACUUUGUUCAACAUAUGGGAUCUUCUACAAGAAUCCAAGAACACUGUUCAAGUAAACGAUAAUAUAUCCAUGUUAUACAUCAUAUACCAGUUCGCAUUGAUGAUAGGAACGGUAUUCAGUCCGGGAACUAUAUUUUUGAUGAUUGUGGGCGCUAUGAAUACCACAUUAAGCUUAUCGAGCGACUUAUGUCUUCUCAUAAGUGGUGGUCCGAUACUUGUGUUCAUAUUUGUGUGUUUUCUCUGCAAAAGUGAUACACAAAUACAAGUAUCACUUGUGUUGAGUAUAGCUUACGCGCUGUUGAUGUUAGCCGUAAUGGUCAGCACUGUUAUCGAGAUAAUAGAGGAAGGGUUGUGGCAACCGUCGGCCCUAUUCUUCAUAAGCAUGUGUCUCAGUUUCCUUAUAGCAGCGCUCAUACAUCCCACUGAAAUCAUGUGUUUUCUACCAUUCCUUUUAUAUAUGUUAAGCAUACCAUCAAUGUAUCUGUUGCUUACCAUUUAUUCAAUGACUAAUCUACAUGUGGUCUCUUGGGGUACAAGAGAAGUGGUAUCCGCGUCAGACAACGAUAAACCAAAUAAUUCAAAAUUUAUAAGUUGUAUGUGUUGUUCAAACACUGAUCCCAAUGAAGACAAAGAAAUGUUGAAAGAAAUUACUGAAAUGAAAGAUCAUUUAAAUGAUAUGAAAACAAUAAUACAGACAAACGACAGAUUUAGUUCCCACACAACAAUUAAUCCAUUGUUUAACGAUAACUUGAAUCCAUUACAAAGACUUAGCAGUUCCCGUUUGUCGGAUAUUGAUGAAGAUGAGGUCAUGACCACCGAUGACUUGACUUUAAGACAUAAUAGAACAUUUAGUGGUGAUAUAUCUGACAUUUCAAAAGAUAGAAACGUUUUUAUUAAGACAAUUUGGACACAAGACAAAUGUUUCGAAAAGUUUAUUCAACAAGAAUUGGAUGCCGAAGAACAAGAGUUUUGGCGACAAUUAAUUGAUUUAUAUCUUAAACCACUCGAGAAAAACUCGGUUCACGAAAAAAAGGUUGAGUUUGAGCUGAAAGAGCUUCGCAUGAAAAUCGCCUCCGCUUUUGGUCUCUUGAAUUCAUUGUUUAUUUUGUUGGUUUUGUUGCUUCAAAUGCAUAAAAACGUAUUUGAAUGGAAAAUCAAUAUCGGAAAUAAUGUCAUCAGAAUAGAUGUAAUUGGUUUCAGUUUAGUGAUAUUCUUUGGCAUCAUUUUAGUGAUUCAAUUCAUGGGAAUGCUUUUGCAUCGAUUCAAUACAUUUUCAUUACUUCUCUCUGUAUCCGAGUUUAAUGUCUUUAAACGCAAGAAUGAUGGGGAAAAUGCUCAACAAGUGGUCAGUGAAAAUGCUGUCAAUAUUGUCAAACAGUUGCAAAAACUUAAUAGCAAUGACAUCAAUAAGGAUACAAAAAAGACAUUAAAGAGACCCAAUAGACCCGAAACACAGCGAAUAGUUAGAAAAAGUGAUAAUAAGGCAGAGUUUGUGGAACUGGAACAGGCGUUCCUCAAUAGGUGUCUCGGAUUAAAGGAUAACUUCGAUAAUGAAGACAUACUUCCCGAGUCCCGACUAUCAAGACGUGGCAAAAACCUGACAGUUCGCGGACGAGAUGUCCGCAAAUCGGUGUACGAAAGUGUGCGGAAAACUAUUACCCGAGAAUAUAGUGCACAUUGUUGA